GCGUUGUCCAAAAUAGAGGAACCUACAAUCGGCCUUUAAUGGGACGUCGCCAUUUUUGGCAGCUCCAUUCUUCAAAUUUAGCCACGAAAUUGUCACUCUGUGUAUUUCUCGAAGGAAGAAACCCUAGAAUUUUGGCGAAGGACUCCAUUUUUCACGGGACGAAGCUCUAAAAUAUCAUCCAUUUGAUUUUAGCAGAAGCUGAAUUCUUUUUCUUAUUUUAGCAGGAGCUAAAUUUUUCGCCUUUUGAAAUCACCAUACAUUUUUCUUCAGCUCAUUCUCUUAGUUUCUCCUGCAUUUUCGUUAUCCAAGGCCAAAUUAUAUGCAGAAGCUAGAAAAUUUUGGCCAUUUUUAGAGCUACGUAAGACAAAAAUCUUUGAUUUUCGCCAUUUCAAAAAUCUGAAACCUCCCUUUAGUAGUUAGCACGGCAGGCAAUUUUUUUUUUGUCAUUAGAGACAUUUUUAGCUAUUUUUUAUGAUCUGCUUUAGAUCAGGUCCCAUUACCGUCCCUAAUGUCACAUUCAAUGCCGUGAAAGUUAGCCGGAAAAGAAAAAGGAGCAGUUUUCCGGUCAAAAAACUGAAAUUUAACCCGGUUUUGUCCCCGGAAAAAAUGGACUCAAAACCAGUCCUCUCUUCUCCUCUCCUCCUAACCUCUGGAGCGAGCACUCGGGUCAGUGCCCUAAUCUCAUUGAGGGCAUUACGGAGCCUUGCUUUGCUCUUAAAUGGCCUUUUGCUGUUACUUUUGCUUCCCUUUAGGCGAAGACCAGAGGCGAGGUGCUUUUCCGGCAAAGGAUCUCCGGAAAAAUCAAAGGAGGAGAAGAUCCCCGCCACUAAUUUGCCAGAAAAAGUGAAAGAAGCUGGAAUUCGGCGAUCAAUGGCUAUAAGGCAGUUUGCUGAAUCUUGUGACGGGGAAACAGAGAGGGGUUUCUCUAUAUUUGAUACAAUGAGAGGGGAUACUCUUUUCACGAGGUGGUGGAUGCCAAUUGGCCUGGAGAUAAAGGGACUGGUACUUCUUCUGCAUGGACUAAAUGAGCAUAGUGGACGGUACGACCGUUUUGCGAAAGAAUUGAAUGCCAAUGGUUACAAAGUGUAUGGGAUGGAUUGGAUUGGACAUGGUGGAAGUGAUGGGCUGCAUGGAUAUGUUCCAUCCCUAGAUUAUGCUGUUACCGACAUGAAAGGUUAUCUAUUGAGCAUACUGGCUGAAAAUCCUGGGCUUCCUUGCUUCUGCUUUGGCCAUUCAACUGGUGCAGCCAUAGUUUUGAAGGCAGUAUUGGACCCAAACAUUGAAGGCCUUGUAGAAGCAGUGAUAUUGACAUCUCCUGCGAUAAGAGUUCAGCCUUCUCAUCCUAUUUUUGGGAUAAUUGCGCCAAUCUUCUCAUUUCUGGUGCCAAAGUACCAGUUCAGCGCUGCUAACAAGCAAGGACUCCCUGUCUCCCGUGACCCUGAAGCUCUUGUAGCUAAGUAUUCAGACCCAUUAGUUUAUACUGGCUCAAUAAGAGUUAGGACUGGCACUGAAAUACUGCGCAUAUCAUCGUAUUUACAACAGAACCUAAGAAAAAUUAGGGUUCCAUUUUUUGUACUCCAUGGUACGGCUGACACAGUGACGGACCCAGAAGCGUCCCGAGAAUUGUACGAGGAAGCUUCCUCUACUGUCAAAUCCAUCAAACUUUACGAAGGAUUUCUUCAUGAUUUGCUAUUUGAACCUGAAAGAGAUGAAAUCACCAAGGAUAUAAUUGAUUGGAUGAAUUCUAGAUUAAAGCCUUAGAGUGGAAAGGAGGAAAGAAAAGAAAAAGGUAGAAACAGGGAGACAAUGGACACUAUGAUGACUUGGCACCUUAUCAUAUUUUGCCACUGGGAAGUCAUCAAGAAAUUCCACUUGGCAAAUUGUUUCAGAUCAGUAUGACCCCUUUUUGCAGGAGGGCAACUUGUUUGUGAACUUAUUUAAGGUUUUGAGUGGGGGUGUUUCUAACGAGUGAAUGCAAUGGCCCCAUUGGUUCUAAAAGGGUGUGGUCUUUUAUUGGGGCGAUGAACCUUUUGGAUAUAUUAUUAUAAGGGAAUGUUUGACUAUAUAACUAAUUUAAUUUACUUUGUGUAACUUA